AACUAUUAUAAAAGCGAUAACUGCCCGCUUAUCAUCUCUAUCUCACCUCCAACGAACUUGUACUCUGCUUACUAACUCAUCAUGGCUGUGCGUCAACCAGGUCUAUUCCUUUAGGUUAGAUUUUGUCAGUUCCGGUCCCGUUUUGACUCUAGACUUUCGGCUUUACCUAGUUUUCCUAAACGGAUCCGUAGAGUAUCCACCUGCACUGAUCUAUGGGCCCAUGGGGGUAUCGUAGCCUUCUUAUUUACCUUCUUGUUUACUUCCCUCCGGAUCUGCUUCUACAUCUUCUAUAACUGAUUGUUACCAUGGCUGUGCCGCCUGCAUUCGUGUCAAGGAUCAAACAAUGAUGGGCUGACCGAGCAAUCAUGAAACACGGUUCACAUACUUUUUGGCCUUAGUCGAUGUAACAGUUCAGCAUAUCUAAGACUGACUUCGCAGCUUCGCCAGCUAUAAAAAGAUGGGGUUUCUCCGAGUUUGCCGUACUUUUCAUGAUUCGGAUCCAAACAUUCGUGCUAAGUGGUUUACCUAGGUUUAAUGAUGAUUGUUAAAGGGAAUAACGAGAACGAUUUUAAGUAAACACCAAGGGGAAAAUGACGCGAUGUAAAACUUGUGCUGCCUUAACCAUAGAGGAACUAAAUUGCCAUAUGACCUUUUUCCACCCUAACUUACGGUCACUCCGGGACUCUGCAACGGCGGGUUGCGAUCUGUGUCUGCUAUGUUGGAUUUCCAUCCAGCGUAAAUACACAGCCGGUGAAAUCAAUUCCGUACUAGACGGUAGAUUCCCCUCCAACUAUGAAAACGCAGGGCAGGCACUGGGUGACGAGCGGGUCUGGUUGAUGAGGAUGUUCUCAGAUCUCUCCCACAACUUGGAACAGAAGACAGCAGCUGGCACUGUCAACACUACCGUUGUAGACCAGUAUCGUGCUCAACCUGACAGUAGGGUAUGGGUGCAGUGCGGGAACAAAGAGAAUGCGGAGGAGAGCUUCGGAAAGGAAAUUUUACAUAGUGAGCUCUGCUUAUUUGCGGAUCCAGGCACACCUGUUGCAACUCGCUUCGACGGACGCCUUUAUACAGCAUUCAGAAACAAAGCAGGGGAAACCAGCUUCGCCCAUGCACUCCUAGAUGGAUGCCAGAAGAAACACCCAGAAUGCAGAGCCACAGAUGAUAAUGUACCACCGAAGAUGCCUACUCGCGUUCUAGAUAUCGGUAUCUCGCCAGGUUGGACAAGGCUAGUUCAAACACAGCACUUAGGGCUACGUGAGCCGUAUCUAGCUCUAUCUUACUGCUGGGGACAAGGUGUCCGACACGCCACGGAAUUAAACGAUGGGAACUUCACAUCUCUCUUAGAACUUAUCGAUGAAAAUAAUUUAACAACGACACACCAGGAGUGCAUCGCUAUUGCCCGCCACUUAGGUAUCCGUUAUGUCUGGAUCGAUUCUCUUUGUAUUAUCCAGGGAAACCUUGAGGACUGGCUUUACGAGUCUGAAAGAAUGGCCGAGGUAUACGGUAAUGCGGUGUUAACUGUCAUUGCCGGACGAGCCGCAGAUAGUCGUACCGGCUUCAGGGUAAACAACAUGGAGCAAGUAGUGCCGCCCUGUCCAAUACCAUUCGGCGAUGGUUUAGGCAGCGUCUAUUUAUGGCUACCCCGGAACAAGACAGAAGGGCCUGUUAGUACCCGGGGAUGGUGCUUUCAGGAAAAAGUCCUGAGUAGAAGGGUACUCGUCUACGCAAUGGAGCAAGUAUACUUCUCGUGCCAGCGGUCGCAGCUCUGGGAAGAUGGUACUCUAAACAUGCAAGAUUCAUCACAGCUACGAAUUGGGACAUUCCUAACCCCUGCGGAAGAUGCUAACAUGAAGUCUAAUACGACUGAGCAGAAACAGCUACGCACCCAGAUGCUAUACCUGUGGUACAAAGGAAUCCUUCCAGAUUAUACGCUCCGCCAAUUGUCCAAUCCAGAUGACAUAUUCGCUGCCUGCAGCAGUAUCGUCCAGCUAACACGGAGAAGUAUUAGAUCUCGCUAUCUAGCCGGCAUAUGGGAGGUAGAUAUUCCUCGCGGUCUACUAUGGUUCACCUCGUAUUUGUUUAAAUGGAUCCUUAGAAAGGUUUCCUGGCCUAAACCCAAAAGGCCCGUUAACAGAAACGGUGAGACGGUAGCUCGAGCACCAUCAUGGUCGUGGGCAUCCGUUCAAGGCCAAAUAUACAUUCGCCCAGAAUUUCUGCGACGAAACGAGUCCUUCCAGGAUCUCAAUAAUAUCCUUAUACGACCUUUGUCUUCAUCAAUAACAUCGCAUUCAUCACCGCAGGAUUCUACUCCAAGAUGGACCCUCCUUGAAAAUCCCAACUGUGACGCCAACGUACUCUACAUGCCUACCUGCGAACUCGCCUUCUUUGGCCGUCCUAAGCGCGUCCACUGCACAGUCCCCUCGCAGUCUGAACUUUCUGCUUUCCCAAAGCAAGGUUGGCCGCAGCGCCGCCUUGCUCUCGCCGAACAGGGGUUCUUGGCACUCCUACAACCCGCAGAUACGGAAUACGCCACGCUGGACAAGUUCAAGUUGCCUUAUACCGAAGGUUUCGCUAUUGCCUAUUUCGAUAUAGCUGAGGAUCGUGCAGGGGUCCAGGACUGCUGGGUUUUGCCCAUUAUUAAGAGCGAACGCAUCGGUAUACUGCUUCGUAAGGAUGUAUCGGAUGGGAAGUUCCGGCGUCUCGGUGUUGUGGGGCCAGUGAAGGAACAGUUUCUACCAUGGCUGAGUUCUGGACCGGAGGAGGAAGUUCAUCUUGUCUAAUAAAAGACUACCCCGCUAGCUUUCUCGCCGACCCUCAAACUUCAAUAACUAGAAGGUUGCUGCGUCCCACUAAUAUUAAGAGGUCAGUCGACGCCAUGGUAUUAAUUGAAAUGUAUACAAGCAUACGAUGUUCUAUCAUCUAUAUUCUGUUUACAGUCCACUGCCUGCCUGGCCCGUCCUCGAAUCCCAGUAUCCUAUGCCGGCCUUGUGAACCCCCCAUCUCGUAUAAUCGCACCAGACGUCAUCGCCGGCAACACACCCACCAAUCUCAAAUGGGGACAUUGAGUC